AUGUCACGAGGGAGCAAAACGCCUUCUUUAAAUUGCUCUUCUCAGCUAGUCGUUGACUGGUCCCGGCAGCUUUGCUCUAGUUUCACAAACAACACUUGUGUGAGCGUUCCAAGAGUCAAAGACGACAAAAUGGACGAAUAUCAUAACGAGGGCUCAUUCAACACCGAAGAAGCCGAUAGCAUUGUUAAGGAGUGUAUUGAGAACGUAGUGGGUGGCGAUGACUACAACCAGAAUCUGGUGAACAAAUGGACCUCCGCCAUAGUGGAGCGCUGCCUCACACAACUGGUCAAACUGGGCAAACAGUAUAAGUUCAUUGUUACGUGCGCCCUGAUGCAGAAAACUGGUGCUGGGCUCCACACGGCAAAUUCCUGCUACUGGGACACGGCUAUGGAUGUUAGUUCCACAGUGCGGUGGGAAAGCCGCACCAUGUACUGCGUGGUCAGCGUCUUUGCCGUUGCCGUCGUGUAGAACGCAAGAGUGCAGCAUGUUUCUGGAAACGAGAAGAGGAUCUCCCAAGUGCCACUUCCAUGCAGAGGCUGUGAAUGCACAGUACGGGUAUAACUUCUGGACUGUACUGUACAUAUUGAAAAAAAAAUUGGACCGCAUACCGCAGCUCUAAACGCCUACUUUGCGCAGAUGGGUGGGCACAUUAAAUUUUAUUGUUCACGUUACAGUGACAAACAAUUCUACUCUCUUCUUUAGUCUCUUGUUGUGGGCAUGUAACGUGUCAGAAGGAAUAUUCAUCUUGAUGAGCGUAGUUUCCAAUUAAAUGAACGAGCAUCCCUGGUGUAUUUGUUUAGAUUUAUUUAAUUACUGUUUCCAUCCCUUUGAUGGAGUUUUGUGUGUGUGUGUUUCAUUUGUUUUUGUAAUGAUGCUGUUCAACAAAUUUAAAAGUCAGUUUUAAAACCUUUUUGGAGGUUGAUGUCAGUAAUCUAAACAGACGGGAGAACAAAAAUCCAC